CCCGCGCCCGCGCCGCCGCCCGCCCGCCGCCUCCCGCCCGCCGGCCCAGGCUGCACUGGCGAGCACGGCGCCGCGGCCGGCGGCCGAGAGGCGAGGAUGCGGCGGCGCUCGCGGGUGCUGCUGUGCUUCGCGCUGCUGUGGGUGCUGGGCAUCGCCUACUACAUGUACUCCGGGGGCGGCACCGCGCUGGCCGCGGGCGCGGGCGGCGCCGGCAGGAAGGAGGACUGGAAUGACAUUGACCCGGUUAAGAAGAAAGACCUGCACCACAGCAACAUGGAAGAGAGAGGACAGAGCGUGGAGACCCUCCCUCCAGGCAAAGUGCGGUGGCGAGACUUCAACCAGGAAGCGUACGUCGGGGGGACCAUGGUCCGCUCCGGGCAGGACCCCUACGCCCGCAACAAGUUCAACCAAGUGGAGAGCGACAAGCUGAGGAUGGACAGGGCCAUCCCCGACACCAGGCACGACCAGUGUCAGCGGAAGCAGUGGCGGGAGGACCUGCCAGCCACCAGCGUGGUGAUCACCUUCCACAACGAGGCCCGCUCGGCCCUGCUCAGGACCGUGGUCAGUGUGCUUAAGAAGAGCCCGCCGCCCCUCAUCAGAGAAAUCAUCUUGGUAGACGACUACAGCAACGACCCGGAGGACGGGGCGCUCCUGGGGAAAAUCGAGAAAGUGCGGGUUCUCAGAAACGAUCGGCGAGAAGGCCUGAUGCGCUCGCGGGUCCGGGGCGCCGACGCAGCCCAGGCCAAGGUGCUCACGUUCCUGGACAGCCACUGCGAGUGCAACGAGCACUGGCUGGAGCCGCUGCUGGAGAGGGUGGCCGAGGAUAGGACCCGGGUCGUGUCGCCCAUCAUCGAUGUCAUCAACAUGGACAACUUUCAGUACGUGGGGGCGUCCGCCGACUUAAAAGGGGGUUUCGACUGGAACCUGGUGUUCAAGUGGGACUACAUGACCCCCGAGCAGAGGCGCGCGCGGCAGGGGAACCCGGUCGCCCCCAUCAAAACCCCCAUGAUCGCGGGGGGGCUGUUCGUGAUGGACAAGUCCUAUUUUGAGGAGCUGGGGAAGUACGACAUGAUGAUGGACGUGUGGGGCGGAGAGAACCUGGAGAUCUCCUUCCGCGUGUGGCAGUGCGGGGGCAGCCUGGAGAUCAUCCCCUGCAGUCGCGUGGGGCACGUGUUCCGCAAGCAGCACCCCUACACCUUCCCCGGCGGCAGCGGCACCGUCUUUGCCCGCAACACCCGCCGGGCGGCCGAGGUGUGGAUGGACGAGUACAAAAACUUCUACUACGCCGCCGUGCCUUCCGCCAGGAACGUCCCUUACGGCAAUAUCCAGAGCCGCCUGGAGCUGAGGAAGAAGCUGAGCUGCAAGCCGUUCCGCUGGUACCUGGAGAACGUGUACCCCGAGCUGCGGGUCCCCGACCACCAGGACAUAGCCUUCGGCGCCUUGCAGCAGGGCACCAACUGCCUGGACACGCUGGGCCACUUUGCCGACGGCGUCGUCGGCGUGUACGAGUGUCACAACGCGGGGGGCAACCAGGAGUGGGCCCUGACCAAGGAGAAGUCGGUGAAGCACAUGGACCUGUGCCUGACGGUGGUGGACCGGACGCCCGGCUCGCUCAUCAAGCUGCAGGGCUGCCGGGAGAACGACAGCAGACAGAAAUGGGAGCAGAUCGAGGGCAACUCCAAGCUGCGGCACGUGGGCAGCAACCUGUGCCUGGACAGCCGCGGGGCUGCGGCGGGCGGCCUGAGCGUGGAGGUGUGCGGGCCGGCGCUGUCCCAGCAGUGGAAGUUCUCGCUGAACCUGCAGCCCUAGGCGCCGCCGCGCCCGCGGGCGGUCGGAGACCACGGGAUCGAUCAAACUUUCCGCGAAACUAUAUACCUCAGUCUCCCAUCCCGUUUGCACGCGGGCGCCUCGGCACCGACGGGACGGGCGGCGGACACAGCGGCGAGGGAGGAGGACUGAUCUCCAGUCACAGCGCAGCCUGGUCCCCUCCCUGGGCCACCGCCCCUUCCUGUCGGCUCCCUCCUGGUCCUGCCCAGACGCCAAGGAGCAGCCCAGGCUCCAAGUGUGCGUUUGGGGGACGGGAGGCGGAAGGGGCGCGUGGCUCCAUCGUGGCGGGAGAACUCUCUGGAAACCUCCGUUGGCCCCAUCGCGAGCCCGCGUGGCCCACAGCGCCGACGGCCACCUGCAAGUCCGGCUCCCCGCCACCUCCACACGACGCCAAGGACCUGCCGGAUCUGAACUUGAACGUUUCUGUGGCGGGACACUCACUAUAAAUAGAUAUAAAGAGAGCGCACGGCCGUUCCGGGGGUUUCUGUAGGCCCUCACCCUGUAAAUGCCCCUCGGAGCUGUGCCGGCCGUGCCCCCGGGGUGGCCCUGGCAGCGGACGGGGCCCUGUGGAGGCCAGGAUGCCAGCCACGGCCCCGCCUCGCUGUUCGGCUCCAGCGUGGGCGUCACUGCUCUGUGUUGGAAUCUGUAAACCUGGACUUGAUUGGACAAACGUUGCUUUAGGUCUUUUUCAAUGAAAUUUCUUUUCUCUAAGGAAAAACAAAAAAAUGAUCCCACAGCUCCCAGGGACUGUCGGGCUGUUACGGGCAGAGGGUGAGUGUCCUGGCAGCUGGCUGUGUCCGUCCCUCCGGACCCAGGUGAGGCCUCAGAGCUUGGGGUCAUUGUCAGGAUGGGCGGGGACGGCCCUGCCUGCUCAGCGACACUGAGGACCCGGGGUCUGAAGCAGCGGCCGGCUGGUCAGUGUGAGCCAGGGACAGCGACGAACAAGAAUGAAAAGUUGCCACAGGGAGAGAGGCCGGGCGCCCCCUGGGUGGCGGGUGUGUCCUGUGGCGCCUCCUUGCCUUUGGAGGGACAGGCCAGCCCCAAGGAGGCCCCCGGGUCACCUGGCCACGGGUCACCCCUCGCUCCCCUUGCCCACCGUCCCACAUGCUGCCUGGUCUCAGGCCGGCCGUGCCCGCAGCCCCCCGCCCCCCAUGUGGUGGCAUGUGCCUCCCGAGGGCACAUUGCCAGGCCCCUCUGGGACGUCGCCGGGUAGAAGUGGCCCCGGAAGACCCUGCCAGUCGACACUGCCACUUGCUACUCUUUCCUGCUCAUUUCCUUUUUUUUAAAGAUCGAAGUUGAUCUUUUUUUUUUUUUUUUUAAUUGAUUUCAGAGAGGAAGGGAGAGGGAGAAACAUCAAUGACAAGAGAGAAUCAUGGAUCGGCUGCCUCCUGCACGCCCCCUCGUGGGGAUCGAGCCUGCACCCCAGGCAUGUGUCCUGACUUUGAAUUGAACCGGUACCUCCUGGUUCACAGGCCGACGCUCAACCCCCGAGCCAGGCCGGCCGAACCUGAUGGUUUCUUUUAGGAGAGGGAGCUCGGUUGGUCUCUCUUCCUCCACAUGCACUUGCCCUUGACAGUGGAUGGGGCGCGGCAACAUGGCCGGGGGGCUUUCCCACCCUGGCUUCUCCCUUUGGCCCCCUGCAAGGCAGUGCCAGGGGCGGACUCGCACACGUUCGUCUCCAGAGGCUCCUGGGAGAGUCAGGAACCUGUGUCGGGCUGUUGAGCCCCGAUGGGGCGCUGGGCCCCACGCCUGGGCCCCCUGGUCAGACCGUCACCUGCGAGGGGUGACUACUGUUAGAGAACCAUGUCCCCGACGGAAAACAGAUCUGGCUCAGACGGAAAACAGAUUCUCAUCAGGUCCCUGUUCCUCCGCCCACACACCGCCACCCAACCCAGGAGCCUCAGCACCCUUUGAUCUAUGGGGCCCUGGGGCCCCCUGCCCCCCAGCGGGCAGCCCCGUGGCCUUGGCCCGUGGACACUGCGAGCGGAGGCAGCUGCCCCCCCCCCCCCAGGCGAGCUAUGUUUACACGACAUGGUGUGCCAAAGCGACGUCCUGCGGUGGCGUAUUUUGUAGUCUUGGGGCCCGUCUCACCCCCACCCCCUUUUUACAAACGGAGAUUCUUCCCCCAGCGCCCCUCGAACCAAGCGAGGCGACGCCCCCCGUCCCCCCACCGUGGCGGUCUGUCCUGUGUCUCCCUCCAUCGGCGCUCCGGUGAUGGUGUCUGUGGGUCUGUUUUGCAAAUUCAAAAAUCUAGUUUGGUAAUUUUUUUUUCCCAGUUGAUUUUUUUAAAAGAACUGCUGUACAGAGCUUGUGCUUUGUCCAUUUUAUAGAUGGAAACCAUCCUUGAACAUUGUUUUAACUUAAAUAAAGAGACGAUGCUUUAUAGA